AAGUAGUAGAAACAGUGAAAAAGGUCGCUCUUUUCUUCGCCCUUGCGCGCACACAAAUCAUUCGCCCUCUCUCUACCAUGGCCAAUUCCCUUCUUCUAGGGUUUCUAGGGCUUGCGGCGCUCCUCCUCCCCUUCGGGGCCGUCGCCGCUGCCUCCUCCUUCACGUCGUUUUCUGCCGCCAGUUCCAUCCACGACCUCCUCCGCGCUUACGGCCUGCCCGGGGGGCUCCUCCCCCGGGAGGUCGAUUCCUACACCCUGGAUCGGCCGUCCGGCCAGCUCGAGGUCCGGCUCGGCCGCCCCUGCUACGCCCGGUUCGAUGGAAUGGUCCUCUUCGACAGCGUGGUCCGGGCCAAUCUCACCUACGGCGGCCUCCGCGCCCUGGUCGGCGUCUCCCAGGAGGAGCUCUUCCUCUGGCUCCCCGUUCGCGAGAUCCUCGUCUCCGACCCCUCCUCGGGCGUCAUCCUCUUCGACAUCGGCCUCGCCCACAAGCAGCUCUCCCUCUCCCUCUUCGAGUCCCCACCGGACUGCAGCACGGGCGAGGAAGGGGAAGGGCUUUCCGGCCCCAGAGGUGGUGACCAACCACUAAAGAUGGGUUUUUGAUGAAGGUCUUGAGGUGAACAUAUAGUCUCUGUUCUUGUCUUCCGGGUCGAUUGUAAAUGAUAACAGGAUUGCUGUUUCUGUUCUAGUAGUGCUUUUUCUCUUGCCUCAUAACCUAUUUAUUGUUUGAGUGAUUUCAUCUUCUCUGUUUAAAAAGCUUGCUUGUUGAGUAAUUAAAAUCAGAUGAGAGGCCAAUAGCAGCUGUCGUAGUUGCUACCACUUGGCCAUAGAAGGGAAAGAGAGACUUGGGACAGAGAUCGGAGAAGUCUUAAAGAUGCAAUCUUGAUUAUGAAUUUGUGCUGAAGUAAUAUAGUCUCUUUUUUC